GCCUAAUGCGCAGAAAGUUUCCUCUUCAUUCACUGGCAGUCGCGCAUCGACCUCUGUGCUCCCUUUGCCUACUAUUUGAAAGUCUAUCUGGCCGAUCCUGGUAUGAGAAUGCGUCUCCUGCACCUUGAAAGCGGUAACCUCAGCCUUACCGAGGAUUACACCGAACAUGUUCCGCCAUACGCGAUACUGUCUCAUACUUGGGGGAAGGAUACAGAGGAAGUCGCCUUCGACGACUUCAAAGCAGGAAAUUACAUAGAUAAGACUGGAUAUACAAAGAUUCGAUUUUGCGGCGAGCAAGCAGCAAGAGAUGGGCUACAGUACUUCUGGGUAGACACGUAUUGUAUUAACAAAUCUAAUCACACAGAGCUUUCGGAAGCUAUCAAUUCGAUGUUCCGUUGGUAUCAGAAUGCGGUCAAGUGUUACGUCUACUUGUCUGAUGUCUCUAUACGAAGUGAUACAAAGGAGUUAUUCUCUCGGUCUUUGUGGGAACCAGAAUUCCGGUACAGUAGAUGGUUCACUCGAGCCUGGAUACUUCAAGAGCUUAUUGCCCCACGGUCAGUCGAGUUCUUCUCUCAGGAGGAUGAACGAUUAGGCGACAAGGGAUUGCUAGAAUUAUUACUUCACGAGAUUACGGGGAUUCCAGUAGAAGUAUUUCAAGGGAAGCCUCUCAUUGAAUUGACUAUUGAAGAGCGGAUGCUAUGGGUAGCGAAACGCACGGCCAAGCGCAAAGAAGACGAAGCCUAUUCUUUAUUGGGAAUUUUCGACCUGUACAUGCCGUUGAUUUAUGGCGAGGGGAGAGAAAAUGCCUUUAUUCGGCUGGAGAAGGAGAUUGGCGAAUAUUCAAAAGGCACUAAUAUAUAUGGUAAUGUAUACUGGAUGGUACCUCGGGCUAUUAAUAGGCUAUUCACUGGGCGUUCUGAUCUACUUUCCCGAAUCCAGAGGGCUUUGCAAAGCGAAUCAAUAUCUGCGGCCCAAUGCCAGAGGAGAUACGUGAUUACGGGAUUAGGCGGGCAAGGGAAGAGCGAGAUAUCCUUACAAGUUGCAAGCUUAAUGAAGCAAAAGUUCUGGGGAAUAUUCUGGGUCGACGUCGACAAGCCUUCCACCGCUGAGCGUGACUUUAUUGCCGUUGCAAAGCUACUUGGGCGCUCAAUUGAAAGUGUCCCCGAAGCACUUCAAGUUCUUGCGACAAUGUAUCGAAGCUGGCUCCUUAUCCUUGAUAAUGCCGACGACCCGGGCUUCGACUACCAAAUCUACUUUCCACCAGGUAAUCACGGUGCUGUUCUCAUGACAUCUCGUAUUACCGAAUGCAAGCAGUAUAGUGUAGACGCCUUCGAAGUACUUGGCGGUCUAGAAGAAGAGGACUCGAAAGAACUCUUGCUCAAAGCAGCCGAGCUAGCUCCAGGAUCGUGGCUAGCAUAUGAUAAUCAGGCCCGAGAAGUAGCCCGCCUCCUAGGAUUAUACACGCUUGCUUUAAUACAAGCUGGAGCGUAUAUCAGUCAAGGCCACUGCCAGCUCUACCAGUACCCUGAAGUCUACCAACGGCAGCGACAACGGCUCUUGAAAUAUAGACCUAAGCAAGCCCAGUCGAGGUAUCGCGAUGUGUACGCAACCUUCGAAGCCUCCGCAGAUGUCUUGGAACAAUCUCAAACCGAGUCUGUACGCGAUGCUCUUCGCUUACUUGAGAUUCUGUCGAUGUUUGACUCUAGCGUACUUCCUUUUCAGAUUUUCGAGGAGGCAUGGAAGGGUUGCAGAGAGAUCUCCCAGGCUAGUAAUGAGGAUAGAGGUAUCAAUGAAUUCUCUCGAGACCACAUCUUGCAGUUGCCAAAACUCAUGGUCCCAGACGAAGAUAAAUGGGACCAUUUUCGUCUUACCGAGGCCAGUGCUCUCCUUGUCUCGCUUUCAUUAGCCACUCGACAAGAUUUGAACAGUUGCGUGGGAUUAUCGAUGCACCCACUGACUCACGCUUGGGCCAAGGAUCGACAGGAUUCAAAGCGUCAAGGCGUGGCAUGGAUCGCAACUGGCUGUGUUCUUGGGUUUUCUCGCUCUAAUACUCGCAUGUGGCAAAUACAAGAGAGACGUCUCCUUCCUCAUGUCUUGUCUUACUUAGACUUAAAGGUCAAGAAGGCAUUCGACUUAGUAUCGAAAACAGUUAUCACUUCAAUUCUUCUCGAGUGUGGUUGGGCUCUGCUGGGUAUGCGACAAGAUACUAGGCUUGGCCAAUUGCUACAAGACAUGUUCCUUGAGCUUAGACAGAAACCUGACAAGCCAUCGGAAGAUUUGUUGCCGCUCUAUGACCUUCAAGCAAGAAGCUUAAUAAACCUUGGGAGGAAUGAAGCAGCUAGGGGCCUGCUCGAGCAGGUGAUCAGGAUCAGGGAGACUACGCAGCCCAAGACGCACCCUUCAACGCUCAUGACUAUGAGCAACCUCGCUCUUGUGCUCGACAGGCAGGGCAAGUACGCCGACGCCGAGGCCAUGAACCGCCAGACGCUCGAGAUAAGGGAAGAGGUGCUCGGCAAGACGCAUCCUUCAACGCUCACGACUAUGAGCAACCUCGCUGCAGUGCUCGACAGGCAGGGCAAGUACGCCGACGCCGAGGCCAUGAACCGCCAGACGCUCGAGAUAAGGGAAGAGGUGCUCGGCAAGACGCACCCUGAUACGCUUACGAGUGUUUACUGUCUUGCUUAUCUACUUCAGAAGAAACAAGAGCUCCGAACAUCUAAUCACGACGGCCUGUGUAAACAAUUAUUCUAUUAUGCUUAG